GAUUGGUUACAACAACGUCGACAGCGAAAAAUUAACUGGGCAGUACUUUAUUCAUUCACUGGGUUUUGACAUUGCUGGCUUGGCCAUCGAUUAUUGUUCAUCCCUGGCUGCUUUUGAGGUGAGUUUUGGAGCAGUGUACAUCCAAGAAAUUGAUCCAUCACAUUCCUGACUUUGCCCUGUAGAUGCUGGACAGGCUUGAGGAGUCUGGAGAUGGCUGAUCCGGUCACCCUUAACGUCGGAGGACACUUAUAUUCAACAUCAAUAUCCACACUAACCAGAUACCCAGACUCCAUGUUAGGAGUCAUGUUUAGGGGUGAUUUCCCCACUGCCAAAGACUCUCAAGGAAACUACUUCAUUGAUAGAGAUGGACCUCUCUUCAGAUACAUCUUGAAUUUUUUAAGGACUGCGGCUUUGACGCUACCUCAUGGCUUCAAAGAAAUUGACCUCCUAAGAAAGGAGGCAGAUUUUUAUCAGAUAGAGCCUUUGAUUCACUGUCUGAAUGAUCCCAAGCCCCUUUAUCCAUUAGAUACCUUUGAGGAGGUGGUGGAACUGUCUAGCACCCGCAAACUUUCCAAAUAUUCAAAUCCAGUAGCUGUUAUAAUCACACAGCUGACUAUCACUACUAAAGUUCACUCACUGCUGGAGGGUAUUUCAAACUAUUUCACAAAAUGGAACAAACACAUGAUGGAUACCAGAGACUUCCAGGUGUCCUUCACAUUUGGACCUUGUGAUUAUCAUCAGGAGGUGUCUCUUCGUGUUCAUCUAAUGGAGUACAUUGCAAAGCAAGGCUUUACUAUCAGAAUGACAAGGGUACAUCACAUGAGUGAAAGAGCCAAUGAGAACACAGUGGAACACAACUGGACUUUUUGUAGACUGGCACGAAAAACUGAAGACUGACCAUUCUUAUGGUGGUAAAUGACAUAACCACACAAUAAAGAGUUAUGGCACACUAUAUGACACAAUGUAACUGAAUAUCCAGGUAACCAUGUUCUUCAAUUCUUCUAUUGAAAGGUUACUUUUUGUACAAUAGCAAAGUAUUCCCUAUGCAUAGUGUAACCAAAUGAUGCUGUUGAGAGAAGGUAUUAAAAUGUAAGAUACAUACUCCUUUAAUGUUUUGUUAACAAUAUAUUCUAGAUUUGUUUUCUUCAAGCAAGUACAUGAAAUUGUAGUUUUUCUCUGUU